UUUCCAUCAACUUGGAUGAGAAAAAGUCUUUCUUUUUUUAUUUCUUUCUUUCUUUUGAGUCGCUUUUUUAUCAUCAUUUGAUUUGUUGUCUUUUAUUUUCUUGUUAAUGAGAGUUAAUUGUAAAUUAAAUCCAGUGAAUUGGAGUCAAAUUAAAAGUGAUGCUGUUUGGAUUUAAAUGAAUUAUGAAUGAACCAAUGUAAAGAUACUUGGCAAUAUUUAUCUUUGUGAUAGGAAAAAAUAUUCUUUUCUUGGUGUUGAUUCGGAUUUUCAUUCUCACCCAUGGGACCCAAUCAUAAUCAUCAAGACCAUCGUCACAAUCAACAGGACAAUUGUCAUUCUAAUGGUGCUGGUGGUGGUAAAAGUAACCAUUUAAAUAGUAAUAACUCUUCUAAUGGUAAUUCAUCAUUAAACUCCAUCAUUAAUUAUGAAGUGUGUCGAGAUUUUUUAAGAAAUGUUUGCCGUCGAGGUGCUAAUUGUAGGUAUCGUCAUCCAGAAAGGAAUGAGGCUGAAGAAUUGGGUAAAAAGGUUGACUUAAUAUUUUGCCAUGAUUAUCAGAAUAAGGAGUGUCGCCGAUCUAAUUGUCGUUUUAUCCAUUGUACAAAACAAGAGGAAGAUAUUUAUCGAGCUACUGGUAAAUUACCAGUUUACCUGAUUGAGAAAUUAUCAUAUUCAAGACAUAGCGCAUCAUCACCUUCACUUUCAUCCGGUUCAUUUCAUCACCAGCAUCAUCCCUUAUCCCAUCAACACCACAACCAUCAACAAGCCGACUUUAUGAAAUCAGCUGCAUGUGAUAAUAUAAGUAACAAUGGAAUAGCCCAAAAUUCAUCGAUAGCUUCCAAUUCAGCUUCCUCAUUUGUCUCUUCAUUUGCUUCUUCCUUUUCAUCAUCUUUACCUUCACCAUCAACAACUUUGGCCUCUCCCUUUCUCAAGUCAAUACCCGUUUGCAAAGAUAACCUUAAAGGAGAUUGUCUCAGAGGUGUAAGAUGCAAAUUUCGUCAUAUUUCCGCCCAAGCAGAAUAUGAUCUUGAAUUAAGAAGUUCAACUUUCCAUUCGAAUGAUGGGAUUCGCCCUUUACAAAUGGACAGAAAUCAUGUUGUACCACCGAGUAGCUUAAUGGAUAGUCCAUCAUCUUAUCAAGGAGGAUUAGCACCACCAGAACCCAAGAGACGUGCCUAUGAUUCAUCUCUUGGCUUUGGACCUCAACCACCUAUCAGCCAUCCCCAAUCUCUUCGUACCUCUUCAUCUCUUAGUCCAAAUCUAUCUUCAGGUCAACCUGGAAAUCAUUUUGAAUUUUCUAAACCGGAGCCACCUCAAAAUUUAUUCAACAAUAGUCGUUUUCUGGAGGACGAAAAUUUCAAUCUUCGUCGACACAUAGAAGAACUGAAGAAACAGGUAGCUGAUCUUAUGGCUUCAAACGAAUUCUUAAUUGAACAAAAUGCUCAACUUCGCACAAUAGGAACCAGAUCAAUUAAUCCCUUACUUCCUCCACAGCUUAACACAAAUUCAUCUUCUUUAUCACAAUCAAAUGAAUCGUUUAUCGGUAGUAGAUCAAGUGAACAUGGUAUUCAUCACCAGCAACAGCAACAGCAACAACAGCACUUUCCUAUCGCUUAUGCACAACUCUAAGUGCGAAAACAAUUGCCUCUCUAUAUCAAUUAAUGUAAUUAGUGUUCAAUUGGUCAGUUAUUCACAAAUGACCAAACUCAGCUCUCAAAAUUUUCGUUCACCUUAUCUAUUGAUAUCGAAAUUAUGAUAAACGAGUUAAAUUGAACGCUACUCGUUAUCAAAACAAUUUAUACGAUGAAAAAUAUACUUACUAUUUAAUUGUCCAAUCAAUCAACUAACAAUUGAUAAAAACAAAAAAAAUCACAUCAAUGAAACAUUCUAAAUCCUAAAAAGGCUCAUCUGCAAUGAAAACUUCAUCUUUAAUCCUAAUCAUUAACAAUUAGCUAUCGAUAUGUACUCAAGCUAUUUAUCAUGAUGAUGAAAUAAUCAAAUUAUCAUUUAUCCCUAUUAA